AUGCCCUCGCUUGAAGUUUUAAUUUCCCAUCUUCUGGCGGCUAAGCGGUCGCUUUCCUCCAUUAACCAUGUUUGGCAGGCCAACGAGAUCGUCACAGCUGCUGGGAAAAAGGUCCUCGAGUGCGCUGCCCUGAAAUCGAGGAUUGCCUUUGCGCGACGCACCCUCCAAGACCAGCUCGAGCUUCUUCGCAAGACCCGUGCCUGGUCUGAAGAAAUUGUACGCGCUGGCCGCGAAGCGUUCUCCGAUGCCCUUAACAAUCUGGAUGCGGCCGAUGACCGGCUUAGCCAGGCCUUAGACGCUCUUCGCGAUACCACAGUUCACUCUGCUUUCCGGCCAGAUGACGAAGAUCCGAAGACGCUCCACGAUUUCGUGGAUGAAAUGGGCCUGGAGGGACUGCACACCUCCUUGAAGAGCUCUAUCGACCGUGUAACCGCCAUUCAAGCUGAAUUAGAUGCCUCUAAUGGUGUGUUCGAUGCCGACAUUGGUUCCAUUCACCAUAAACUGCGCCAUUGGAUGUCGUCCAUCCAGCAAACAUCAUCCUCUCCCGAACUUGAAACUUCGUCUGAUGAAGAUCCGGAGCCGGAACUGGCAGUCGCCAAACCUGUGGUGGCAAUGUUCCGCUCCCUUGAAUCCCAUGCGAAAGACAUGGCAGAACUAUUGUCUUCGCUCGUGCAUCAUUUUGACCGCUGUGUAAAGGCUGUGAAGCACACUGAGGGUGGCGGCGAGGCUGCUCGUUCUAUUACCGGGGACAUGCCCGAGGUCCCAGCCGGCGAAGGCAUGUCUAACAUUGGCCAGGAGAUCAAUGCCAAUCUGAAUGCUCCAUUACAGCCAAUGUCAAACGAGGAAUACCGUGAAAUGGUCCUUGUACUAAUCAAGGAUGCCUUUGAAGCUGAAGAUGUAGUUGUGGAGAUCCAGGACCGGAUCACCGAGAUGGAACAGAUCGCUCAAAAUAUGGAUCUGCAGCAUGAUAUGCUCAAGUCACUCUGGAAGCAUGCUGGUCAAAUCAAAGCGGACAUGAUAGGAGUCAACGACCGCCUUCCUCAAUAUGGGCUCCAGUCCCUCAAAUUCAUUGCCACGUGGAGAGAAGAAAUUAGCAAUCUCAACUCUGGACUGGCCCAGCUCACUGACCUUCACGUCAUGUACGAAGAGUUUCUCAAUUCUUAUGACAACAUGAUCCUCGAGGCCGCCCGCCGGGCCCAGACUCGUAAGAAGAUGGAGAAAGUCCUCCGCGACGCAAAGCACAAGCUGGACCACCUCUAUGACGAAGACGUUGUUGCCCGAGAAUCGUUCCGCGUAGAGUAUGGUGACUUCCUCCCCUCCGACCUUUGGCCUUCUAUCAGCCGCGCUCCCAUGCGUGUUCGCUUCAAGCGUCUUUCCGGCGGCACCCUUCCCGACACUCAACAGCAAGGAGAUGCUCAGCCAAUUGGUGCUGUGGCCGAAGACACCCUCGGGGCUGAUGAAGGUGCCGAACCUGAAACUAUCCCUGAUCUACCUCAUGAUCUCAUUCGCGACGCAUAUGAGCGGAUCGUCGCCCGAGGCUAA